AUGGUCAAUUCGCCAAAUUUGGGUUACAAUGCGAACACCGAAAGCAAGGUUGGAUUUCUGCGUGAGCUGUCGGGUGCCAAGUGCCGCGAUGGCUUGACGGCACUCGGCAGUACUCCUCGGCCAGGCUGCGCGUCUGCUCGACCCCGUUGCCUUGCUGCACAAUCUGGCGAGGCUGGGGCAAAGCAAAGAUGA